AGGUCAGUUGUCCUGUCACAGCACCCGUACUCGAAAUGUCAUUCACAGUGAAGCAACAACAGAUAGCCUACUGCAUUAUAUAUUGACAUUACGUCUUCAAAAGGGCUAAUCUCAGCUAACUUAACGAGACGGUUAUUUGUUAUGGCUGUUGCAGAACUAGUGGCAAAAUGCUUGCAGGCACGGGAGAUGGCUUACUGUCCCUACAGCAAUUUUCCAGUCGGUGCCGCCAUUCUGACGACAGGAGGCGCCAUUAUCACUGGCUGCAAUGUUGAGAAUGCCUCCUAUGGCCUCACCGUUUGUGCAGAGAGAACUGCAAUACAGAGAGCAGUCGCAGAAGGCUACAGAAGAUUUACAGCUAUAGCGGUCACAUGUGAUAUCAACGACAGUUUUGUGGGACCUUGUGGUGCUUGUCGACAGGUGUUAAUGGAGUUUGGUACAGAAUGGGACGUUUACUUGACUAAGCCAGAUGGAUCCUAUAAGAAGACCAGCCUCAGAGAGCUCCUGCCUUUAGCAUUUACACCAGCUCACCUGGAAAAGAAUUGAUUGUCAUUACAUUUAUUUACAUUUUUGGUAUGAUUCCAGUUGUGAACAGUUAAAAUGUCAGCAGUCCAUUUGCUUUGCUUAAAAUUUUGUUUUAAGAAGGAACAAAGUGCUGCUUCAUUUAAAAAGAACCAAGUCUUUUUAAAGUGACCACUGUGAUGAAAUCUGUAUGCUAUUGUAGCUGUUUACAUUGGUUUGUUAUAGUAACAAUAAUCUGUAGUAGGCAUGGCCCUGUAUGAGAUUUGGCGGUAAGAUAACCCUAAGCAAAAGUACCAUGGUUUCAAAGUGUUGCGGUAUUGCCAUUGCAACAAUAAAGUGUGUUAUUUUCAAAUGUCUACAACAACCUUUCUAAUGAACUCAAUACUUUUUAUUUUUAGGCAACAUUUAACAAGUAUGCCAGGUAAAAAAUAAAGCUUUAAAAAUAUAAUUUUCUUUAAAAAUAUAUACUUUUUGGAAUAUGUUUUAAAUGAAACAUCAAGUCAAUUACAUGACUUAAUGAUUGAAUUAAUUUUGUGUAAACACAGUUCAUACUUUGUAAACAGUAUUACACAAAAAUGUUGAAACCUUUAGUCUUUAAAACCUUUAAACCGGUAACCAGCCCAUGCUUAUAACAAUAUAGGUAUUUAGAACAGUAAAGCUCAAAACAAAUAUUUUCUGUGAAAGCCCGUUGAAUUCUCCCAUAAUUUAUUAAAUUGUAC